AUGGCCGCCGACGUGUUCAUGCGGCCGGCGCGGCUGCUGGGCGCGGCGGGGCCGCUGUCGCCGCGCACGGAGCCCGACGAGGACUCGUCGGACACGGACGACGGCGGCGUCUCGCCGGGCGGCGGGCGGCGGUGCGGGCCGCGGCGGGGGCAGCCGCCGGGCCCCCAGAUCAUCCACUCGGGCCACUUCAUGGUUUCGUCGCCUCACAGCGAGCACCCGCCCAAGAAGGGCUACGACUUCGACACGGUCAACGAACAGACCUGCCAGACCUACCAGUUCGGGGCGGCCCGCGGCGGCGGCGGCGCCGGCGGCCGCCUCAGCAUCGACGCCUCCCUCACGAAGCUCUUCGAGUGCAUGUCGCUGGCCUACAGUGGGAAGCUGGUUUCACCGAAAUGGAAAAAUUUUAAAGGCUUGAAGCUUCAGUGGAGAGAUAAAAUCCGCCUCAAUAACGCCAUCUGGAGGGCAUGGUACAUGCAGUAUCUGGAGAAGCGCAAGAAUCCAGUGUGCCAUUUUGUGACUCCACUGGAUGGCUCUGUUGAUGUAGAUGAACAUCGUCGGCCAGAAGCCAUUGCAACAGAAGGGAAAUAUUGGAAACGAAGAAUUGAAAUAGUCAUCAGGGAAUACCACCAGUGGAGAACCUACUUCAAGAAAAGGUUACAGAAACACAAAGAUGAAGAUCUUUCAAGUUUGGUCAGGGAUGAUGAUGUGGUCCUCUGGCAAAAAAGAAGGUAUGGCAGAGAAACUCCAGUGCCCAUGGAGGAAGGCUCCCUCUUGGAUGCAGAUAUGCUUAUGUCUGAGUUCACCGACACACUCUUCUCCACACUGUCUUCACAUCAGCUGGUUUCCUGGCCAAACCCCAGAGAGAUAGCUCACCUAGGAAAUGCUGACAUGAUUCAACCAGGGCUUAUUCCUCUCCAGCCAAAUUUUGAUUUCAUGGAUGCUUUUGAGCCUUUUCAGGAUUUGUUCGCAUCCAGUCGUUCCAGUAAUUAUUUCCCCUCUGUGUCUGCCGUCAGUUCAGUUACAACAGACAGCAGCAGCCAUUCUUCUCAGUCUCCUGUCCUGCCGUCAGGUUCAUUACCCAACGCACUUCCAACGGGGAGCCUCAGUGAUGGACUGAUUGCUUCCUCAGUACCUGCUCCUGUCAUUCCUGAUGUUGGCACUGACCAGUGCUCGAGCAUUAGAAGUGGGGAAUCUUUCAUCCAGCCAGCGGACUUCACUCCUGACUCGUCUCUCAGCGGGCCACAACCUUUUGUCCCAGUAUUUCAAACUCCUCUGCCACUGCUUCAACCUGCAACCCCACAGCACCAGUCCCCGUUGCCUGCAGUGCCUCUGAAUACUGGUUUAAGCUCUCCACCAUCUGCUUUUGCUGCCCCAGAAACCCAAAAGUUUGGGCUCUGUGAAUCUACAGUUAUCACCCACACAGCUUCUGCUACGCUGACCCACAAUGCCCCUGCCACCACCUUCAGCCAGAGCCAGAACCUUGUCCUGGCAACACAGCAGCCAGGGGCAGGAGUGCCUUGUAACCUGGCUUUCCAGACUGCUGUCCUGCAGGGGCAUCCCCAGCCCCAGGUUCAGUCCCAGCUGACAUUCGCACUCCCUAAAGCUGUUCCCCUGGCCAGUGCUGGAACAAGGCCCAAACAGUCACAAAAAAUAGUGCCUGCUCCGAAGCCUGAAACAGUGUCCUUAGUGUUAAAGAAUGCCUUCAUCGCCCCAGCUGCCUUUCAGGGACAGUCCAGAGCUGUGAUUGUUACUCCAGCACCUUUAAAAAGAGAGGGGAUUUUGACUCCAGCCAUGUCUCAGUCUAAUGUUGCAAUUACACCAGCUGGAAUUGCCAGAGCUCCGGGGGUGACAGAGUUCCACAGUAACAUUCUGGUUGGUCCAGCACAGCAAGCGCCAAGUAGCCAACAAACCCAGUCCGCAGUCUCGCACCUCUUCUCUCCAGGCGUAGUCCAGGAUGUGUUGGUGAAAGGAGAGCAAAUCCCGUCCCACAGUAGCAGUUCACAAGUUCCCUCGCCUACACCUAGCAGAGACUGUCAGAAUUCAGGUCAAGCUUCCCCCUGCACUUCCGAGCAGAGCCCCAGUCCUCAGUCUCCUCAGAACAGCUGCUCAGGAAAACCUACCACUGACCCUCAGAUAGCUGCAUUGAAGAAUCGAAGAAUGAAGCAUAUUUCAGCAGAACAAAAACGAAGGUUUAAUAUCAAGAUUGGUUUCAGUACUUUGAACAGCUUGGUUUCAGCCAACUCCAAGUCGAUCAGCCAUGCAAUCACUCUCCAGAAAACAGUAGAAUAUAUCGCUAAACUACAGCAGGAAAGAACACAGAUGCAAGAGGAAACCAGGCGUCUUCGGGAAGAAAUCGAGGAGCUAAACGCUACCAUCAUUUCUUGUCAACAGCAGCUCCCUGCUACAGGGGUUCCCAUAACAUGGCAAAGAUUUGAUCACAUGAGGAGUAUGUUCGAUGAGUAUGUCAGAAACAGGACCCUCCAGAACUGGAAGUUUUGGAUUUUCAGCAUUAUUAUUAAGCCAUUGUUUGAGUCCUUCAAUGGGAUGGUUUCCACAACAAGCCUUAAGGAUCUGAAUCAAACUGCAAUGGCCUGGUUGGAUCAACACUGUUCUCUUCCUGUUCUGAGGCCGAUGGUACUGAACACCCUUCGGCAUCUAAGUACAACCACCUCAAUUCUGUCGGAUCCAUCACGUCUGCCAGAGCAAGCCACUGAGGCCAUUAACAAGAUGAAUAAAACAGCUGGUGAAACCUAACAACCAAAGACAAUGAGUUGCUUAUACAAGGUGUGGAGAACCUGCCAGUCUAAGCAGCCUGGUGAGUCUCCUUUCAGCUGAUGCACUUUAGAAAGAAUUCUCUCCAUCAUCCAAGACAUUGUCCAGGGCAUUUGACUUUGCCUCGGGAUAUGUGGAAGUAUGAUGUAACGUUGUCAUAACAUCAUGUUUUGAUUCCUCUUCAGUGCUGUGCUCUACUCCGUUAAGUGAGAACACCAAGCUCAGGUAUAUUAAGCAGGUUUGAGUCCUGCAGGCAGCAAUAUAUCUCCAUCAAUGCAGCAUGCAUCUAUAUGCAACAAACAUCUUUCUAUAAAGCAGCUUCAAGUAGUAAUUUCUCUGAAGUGUAAAUCUUGUACACCAAGGAAUGAUCUCUUAAAGGGAAAUACACUUUUGAUUUCAUGAAACAAAAUGUGCUUUUUAUUUUGUUUUCAGGUGUUCAGGUCCAUUUGUUUUACUUGAACAGUAAAAGUUGUUAAACAGGAUCAUAUUAAAAACCAAAGGAGAAGUAAAGUCCAUCAGUGAUGUCAACUCAUGACAAAAUACUAGAAUUAAAAUCUCAGGCUGUAUAUUGUGUAUUUUUAUUUUAAUAAGUGUAUCAUUUACAUAUGAUCAGUUUCAAGGCACGCUUUAUUUCCUAGCAAAUGAAGUAGCUUAUUUUUAUUAUUUUUCCUAAGUUAGCCAUUGCAAAUGAGUAGCAGGCUGUGCAGUAAGUGCAAGAGAGUGGUUUUAGUUUCUGUAGAUUCUGCAAUUACAAUAGAAACAAGAAAUUCAUAUCCAGUUUAUCUGCAAACUCUGUUCUUGCACUCUGCGUAGUUGAGCUGACUUCCUCAUAAAAUGCACUCAUAUAAAGCACAUCCAUAGAUAAAUAUAGUAAUGUUUCAGAGACAGGAAUUGAGUUUGUAAUGUUAGGAAAUUGGCUUUUAUGAUUUCUCAGAAAUUUUACCAAACCACGUGGACUUUCAAUCUGUUCUUAAUUUCUUUGUCUUUUUUGCAUAUUCUUUCUGCUUUCUAUCUGAAAAACCUGAAGGAUUUGGCCAAAGUUGUUUGUCUGUAGUAGCAAGGUUAUGUUCAACAUGGAUUUUAAAACACAUCUUGUUUAAAAUCUGAAAUACUGCAUUACAGUUUUCUGUGACAAUCUCCACUAAUAUAACCCUUUGCUGCAGAUGAGCUUAGUCUUAUUACAGCGAUGGCAUUGUGUCCAUCAUUAAGCAGCACUGGGACAUUUAUUCAAGCCCUUUGUGCUUUGGGCUGGAAUAAUCCUACGACCCUUCUAGUUCCACUCCUUACUUGAUCCCAAUUCUUAGGAGAUACGCAAACUGUGGAUAACACUACCCUGGUACCUCCCAUGAGUAGUUUUCUUCCAGUUUCAAAAGCAGGCUGUCUGGAGGUGAUUAGCAGGUGGUCACACUCCUAAAAUGAGAAACAGCCAAAACAUACAGACAUUGCAUGUUCUGAAAGGGGGUCACUAGGUUCCCUUGCUGGGAUGUAGGUUUUUUACUGCAUUGUCCCCAAUCAUCCCCACUUGGUGGACUAAACUUUUAAAAAGCAGCAAUAGGUUUGGAGGAUGGGGGUAGGGGUUCUUUCUUCCUUGUUCUGAGAUUAUGCAAAUAACGAUUUUCUUUGAAACAUUCACUUGUGUGUGAGCAGGGCUUGUAGCAAGAAGAAAGCUUGAAGGGUUAGCACCAGGAACUGCUGCUUCCUGAGCAGAGGGACUGUGAGUUGUGGAGCUGAGGGGGCUGAAAGGGGCUGUUGGAGGAAGGAACCUAAGGGAAGACAGACAAAAUGGCAUGACCUGAGCACCAACAUGCCUUUCUGCAGUUGUACAGAAAAACGAGGAGGUGUGCUGCUCUGGCCCUUGCAUCAAAUCUCACAAAUCGUUUGGAGUUUGUGCUACAUAUGAAAACCUGUGUCCCUGUGACACAAUCAGCAAAAAUACAGGCCUCAGCUAAGGAAUGGUUUGUUGAGAUAGUGUAUAAAGGUUGUCAUAGUAAUUAAACAGUGAGUGGUUUUUAUAGGGGGAUCCAUAUCCAGAUGUUUCAUAGAUAGUAUUUUAAUAAAAUGAGCAAUAUUCUUGGGGAUGCAUCCAAAUAAAGUGUUGAAUAAAAGAUUUUUUUUUUUUUCCUUUUUUGUUAUCAGUGCUUUAAUUCUCCCAUUUUUAUUGCUGAUCUUGAACUUAUUCUAGUAAAGCCUUUUAACACUGUGAUAAGCUGGGUAGUGUCCCUCAAAUUCUUCUUUAUUGGAUUAUCUUUCUGAGAUGCCUAGAUAUCUACAUGCAUAUUUGCAUGUUAAAAAUGUAUAUCUAAUUUUAUAGAAAGAAAUCAGUAGGCAAAUUGUCCAGGAACAGACCUCCCUGUGUUUUUGCUGUGUGUCUAAGAUGAACACUUUCUGUAAUGCCUGCUCUGCAGUGCAGCCUCCUGCUUGUCAUGCAGGAAUUGUGCCUGGUUCUUACUAUAUUCUUAACCAUGUAUCACUGUGUUGCAGCUGAAGUUGCACUAGCAUCUAUGAAAUGAGAUCAAAAUGUUUUAUCACAAGCAAAGUGCACUACAGGCAUGCUUCAAAGCCCAGGGAAGUCUGCUGACUUCUAAGCUUAGAUCCCAGCAUCUCCCAUCUCAUGGACUGCAUUAGAAGCUAAAAGGGACCUUAAAGGAACAGGGACGGGUAAUAUGAUAGAGCUGCUUAAAAUUUUGCUCAUUAAGUUUUGAUAUGGAUGUGGAUGGAAAAAUCAUUGUGCUCAUUUCACAAUGAGCUAGUUGCAGUUGGAGGGAAAGUGCUUGCUUUAAUAACUUUUGAUGGAGAAAUGAUAUCACGGCACAUCUUUACUACAUGAAGAUUUGUAGCCUUUUAGGAAAAAAAAAUAAGACAAAGAUUUCUUACUUAGUCAAGAAUGGAAGAAAGCGUGGGAGGGGAGGAAAGGUAAAGUGAAAAGACACUUUCCACAUAGGGCAUUUCCCAGAAGUGAUCUGGCUUAUCUUUGAAGCAGUGAUUCAGUGUGUUUUUGCCACCCUUUUGCAAAUAAGAAUUCUCUUCCUAACCUCACCUCACCUCACAACUUCGUGAUUUCACUUCAAUAGGAAACACAGGAGGAGGAGGAGGUAUAUUGUAUCUCACCUCUGCACUGUAGAAGUACUGAGGAUUGCUAUUGGUAUGAAAAGAAAUCAGCCACAUAUAUAUUAAUUCCUGUCUUGGUUUAUGCUUUGUUGUAUAUUUGAACUCUGUAGUGUGUUUCUUCCUCGUCCACUGAGGAGUUCAAAUAAUAUAUUUCUUUAGAAUACAGAAACCACUUCAAACCACUUCCACCCUAAUUUAAGCAGUCUAAUUUCCUCUGUCUCACCAAAGUAAACUUAUGCAAACAAAACACACUGUGCCUCUAGCCUAGAGAGAACAUCAGGUACUGCACGUCCAUCUCCAGUGAAUUGGUGCUGGACUUUUGAAAUCUCAUGUAAUCAAAUGGAAGUCAUCCUCAGUCAAAUCCAAUUCACUUGGCUCAGUAAAGGAGUUGCUGAAUUAAAUAUUAUGACCUGUGAUAUAUGCAAGGUCAAUUUGAGAUUCUCUGGUGGCUCCUUCUGACCUUGAAUUCUAUUAAUAUAUGGUAGAUGUACAUUCCCCCCCCCCAGUUUUAGAGAACUUGUGCAUUAUCUGGUGUGGUUUUCUUAGACUUGUAUGGUCCCUGUUAACAAGAGAGUUAACAAGGGGGAGUGAAAAACUGAAUCCAGGAGCAAGCUAAAAUUGAGAGAAUUAAAGGAAUAGAAGGGAUGGAGACAAGUCCAUGCUUUAUCUUGACAAUGUGAUCUCUGCACAAAACCAAAGGAUUCUUGCUUAAUACUGAUUGACCCCUUUGGCAAGUUCUUUCAUGCUUUGCCAGAUCCUUAGAGAAGCUUUCCUUGAAGGGAGAUUUGCUAGAACAUUUCCAUCUGUGCCUUACAUCCUGGGGUCCUGUGCACAUCUAAUGUGUCCUGAGUCAGACAUUCUUUCCGCUAAUAUGAUGAUAUGUGGAAAAUUCAAUGAAGUGACAAAGUGGGGCUUCCCUGGGGUUUGGGUGUGUAUUUUAUUUGCGUGAUGUUACUGUGAUUCCUUAUAACUGAGAUUGUAAAAGUUGUAAGUAUGUGAAAAAAGUUGUCUUUCCUGCUGACUCUUUCCUGCUGACUUCAUUAUGUUCUUCCCCUCCCGUCUAUGCAUGUGUGUGCACAUACGUGUACACACACACACACACACACACACACGCAGUCAUUCCAGAAGUUGUUUCACAGAUUCUCAGUCAAAUGCAAAUGCAUGAAUCUCUAAAUCUGGAUGGCUUGGAAAGGCAAAGGACUAUCAGACUACUUUGGGAAGUAGCAUCUUAGAUAAGGAGUUACUCGUUCUAUUUUGUAUCCUCAGGUUUUUUACAUUCCUGUGUGUGUGUGCAUGCACACAUAGUAGAGAUGAGGGGGCAGGUAAGUUAAGUUUUAUUUGUUUUUAAAGUCUAGAACUCCACAAGAACAGACUAAAGAGAGGGAAGCUCACUGCGAAACCAGUGACACAAUACUUUAGUAGCCCAGAUUACUUGGAAGCAUUUUUUUUUUUUUUGUAUUUCUGAAUUGGACAAUUCUUGCCUUGGUGUAGCCAACUAAAAGAUACUGCUCAAAAUAAGAGGAAUUGUCAGUGAUUUUGACUUUUUUUCUCAUUUUUUGUUCCUGAGCAUUAUUAGGCAAAAUUAGCAAAAUUAUUGUUUGUUAUAUAAGAAACAGCCCAAGAUGAAAAGGCUAAUGACCCCUGGUGUAGGUGCUUUAGGAAUUCAGUCAUACCCAUCCCAGAGAGCCCUGUGUCACUGCUGAUGACUUGCAGGAGGUCUUUAGAUUUGUACAUUCAGGUUUUGUUUUUUGAGGGGUUUAUUGUAUGGGGUCCCAACACUGUUUCUACAACAUUAAUUAAAGGCCUCAAGUUUCCUUUUGUUUCAUUCUUGGAUGAUUUUCAUGCUCUUUUGAUGUGUUAGAGCAGAAGCAGUAGCCCAGAGUUGUAGACUGAUCUGUAAAACUUGAUUCAGUUACAAACACACCCUAGGUGUAUAAUAGAAUGGCUUUGUAGGCAUUAUCUGAACUGCUUUUAUAUCUAAAUUUUUCCAAUAUGAAUAAGCUUUUUGAGACAGAAAAAAUCAAUGUAAGGAGCGAUCCUCUUAAUUAACAAUACAGUGAAUGAAUUGCUCCUUUUCAUCUUCUAACAAUGUAUUUAAAUGUAUUUUAAGUGAACGGAGUUGAUUUUUGUUGUAAAAAGCUUGGAGGUAUGAGGACUUCGGGUUGUGCUCUUGCUUUGCCUAGGUUUCCUGUUCUGUUGCAUGACACAACUUCUGUUGUGCUGUUGAUAUGUAGCACUUUUCAAGUAGGUCUAUUAAAUUGUGCAAUGCAUUUUUUUUUAUAUUUACAACCAAAACAAUAAAGGUUAUUUUUUUGAAGAAA